GGAUUUAUUCCCAUCAAAGCUGUGAUUUUUAGGGAAGAAUGCCCUAACUGGGAGGUGGGAAGGUAACAUUUGGCUGAAAAGUGAAUAAAGUAUGUCACGUUGAAAAGUUUUUCGAAAGUUCUGACAAGAUGUGGUUUUGGUAACGUUUGCCCAUAGGAUACAGGACAUUGGUGGAAGUAUGUGAAGAGAGCCGUAUAGUGUAGAGAUUUUAUCAUGGAAGAAGGAUAUAAAGCAAUUAUUUAGAUGAUAUAAAGAUUACUGAAGGAUAUACAGUUUUACGGAUUUACCUCUCGGUCUGAAAGAUUUGCUCUUAUACAAUUAAAUUGCAGUACUAACUGGUCACACGUAACUGUGAUCAAAGAGCAUUUAAUAUUUUAUGAUAUUAAAUGUAGCUUUAUUUUGUAAAACGAAGGACAUUUGUAGACAGAUUUGUAAGCAUUUUCUGGCAGAAGUUAUUGAGAGAAGAAUAUUGUCUUGUCCAUGUUGUAAGCCUAGAUGUACAUAUAAAGUGAAACACAUUUUUUUGGUAUAUAGAGUGUGUAUAAUUGUUUACUAAACGUUGGAAGUCAUAACCUCAUAUAUUUUAUGUUGUCUGAAAUUGUAUUUUUCUGAUUUGUAGAGGCAGACUGUUUGAUGCUCUCAGAGGCAAACCAUGCCUGAAGGGAUAAGUCCAACAUGCUUUAGGUGAUGAUGAUGAUGAUGAUGAUGAUGAUGAUGAUGAUGUUGUGAAGCAUUGGGGUUUUUGGUAGGUAGCGUCUCAUGCUGGUCUAAGAUGUGAAUUGAUGGGGCGGCAAUGUAACGAACCCAUUAGCACUGAAAACAGAGAACCAACUAAUAUUUCCCUCCCUGCAUUAGGGGUUGUGGGUGCAUUAGGUUUGAUUUCCUGAUGGUAAAUUAAGUCAGACUAUAGCCUGUUGCUGUGGAAUCAGCAGUGAGACAUAAAUGAGAUCAGUCUCACAAAAAAAAAAAAAAAAAAAACUGCUCUCCGCAAAACAGGCCAUCCUCUUUCGUGAGUGUUAGCUUUUUAGUAGAGCUCCCUCAUUACUCAAUAAAUAUAGUUUUAUAUGGUCUGUUGUUGCUAAUAACUCCUCUGUGCACACAAUGAUACAUGCCAAGCUUCUCUUCCAGCUUCUUUUAGGAUGGAGCUCUUCUGUGUUUUGAUUAACACCGUUGCAGGAGAUCAGCCAGAGGCUGUUUUUCUCAGUAAAAAGCAAUGGCUUCAAGUGUAACCGCUGUCGAUUCUUAAAAGCUUAACACAAAACUGUUUCCCUACAUCACUGGGAUCAACUGAAUUAAUUCUUUGUAGCCUUAAGAGUGAGAAAGAAAAAGCUAUACUGCCUGGUUCCUUCAUUUAUGCUUGUUUCCUGGCUCCUUAACAUAGUGAUUGUCUACUCUUAUGCACUCUUUCAGACUAGAGUAAUGUCGUUGAUGAGGAGCUCUGCUAUUUUCUAAUAUUUAAAAGAAGAUUUAAAAACAGACUGCUACAGCUGAGAUAAUUACUUGUUAGCUUUCUCUGCUCAUCUUUGGAGGUAUUUUAACGUAAGCCCUGUGAUGUGCUAGUGUGGCUAAUAGGCUGGGGCGAUCGGAGGUAGUGAUAAAUUGUACAUGCAUUUACAAUACAGUGCUUUCGUGCAUGUGUUUGUCUUGAAUUACAUAUACUUGACUUUUAUAGCUCACUUUCAGUGUAAACUUAUUUUCUAUGAAAGAUAUGUGUAUUUUGGAAACCAGUAUAGAUGUUGAAAUUUUUCAAUUUGAAAUCGGAUGCGACUUUUUUUUUCCCUUUCAAAGAUACAAUUUUAUGUUUGUUUUGUGUAUAUAUUCGACGGCCAUCAUUUACAAGUUAGCUAUUUUGAAAUGUGAUGCAAUAUUAAAAUUGUUUAUGCGAAAAAGGGCAGAUUGCUGAGAUACAAAAGAGCUGGGAGUUUUUACCUUGUUUUACAAUGAUCUUAGGUUGUAUCCUACAGAAAUAUUUAUGGAAGGUCUUUCUAAGGUUUCUUCUUUUUUUUGUAUAAAAUGCAACAGAACUACACUAUGAAGGAAAUAUUGAUGUCUACUAGAAUAUUAUUGGUUGGUACAUAAUUAUUAUGCCCUUACAAGCCAUUUUAUUUGUGUUUUGUUAUUAUAGAUGUUACCAGUAUAUACAUUAACUUUACCCAUUACAAGUGCUUUAAUAUGCCUUUGGGGGGAAAAAAUCACCAUAUGUGUCUGCUGAAUAGCACAAAUGUUAGGAAUAGCAGUUCUAGGAAAGCAAUAAUGUCAUAACAGCAAACGUUUAAUGUCAAAGACUGACUCACACCACUGUAAGUCAAACUGUAUCAAACUGUGAGCUUUUCAAUGUCACCAGUUACUGCCAAGGCAAAUAAUGAUUCUAAAAUAUGUUUUGGAAAUUAAGAUAUACUUUAAAAAUUGUGUGAGACAAAGAACUGUAGCUGAGUUUGCAUGUGCAUGUGGUUUAACUGAUUUAAGAAGUAUACUUUUGUGCAAUGUAUUAUUUAAUAUUAGUUCAUGUAAUGUCUCGGUUAAAAAAAAUCUUUCAUAGAGUUCACCUCACUAAUAACUGAUUGUUACAAUAAAUGCCUUUAUUCACUACUAGGGUAUACCAAUUAAUACAUAUUUACUGAAUGUAUUGAUGAAUCUCUCUUGUGACGUUAGAUACUCAUGUUUAUGUUCUUGUUCGUAAUGUCUGUAACAUAUCUGAGAUCAUAUUGAAUUGGACAGAGCAACAGAGAGGAGUUGAUACAAGACUGUAUUAGAAAAUAAAAAAGAGAACAACUCUGUUGCUCAACGUCCAUGAAACGGCAUUCCGAUAUGUGCCUUAUUAGUUAGGAAAACCGAAUACUUUGUGCUUUUAGGGGUUUGUUGGAUUAAAACUUUGAAACUAAA